AGGCGGCCCCGCGCCGCCCGGCGCCGCCCCGAGGCCCCGCGCGGCCCCUGCGCCUGCGCGGCGGCGGCGGCGCGAGCGGCGGCCAUGGCGCUGGAGACCGUCCCCAAGGACCUGCGGCACCUCCGCGCCUGCCUGCUCUGCUCCCUCGUCAAGACCAUCGACCAGUUCGAGUACGACGGGUGCGAUAACUGCGAUGCCUACCUGCAGAUGAAGGGCAACCGCGAGAUGGUCUACGACUGCACCAGCUCCUCCUUCGACGGGAUCAUUGCGAUGAUGAGCCCUGAGGACAGCUGGGUCUCCAAGUGGCAGCGAAUCAGUAAUUUCAAGCCUGGUGUGUACGCAGUGUCCGUGACUGGCCGCCUGCCCCAAGGGAUCGUCCGAGAGCUGAAGAGCCGUGGCGUGGCUUACAAGUCCCGAGACACAGCUAUAAAAACCUAAGGGGCUCUUGUGCUGCCUGGAGGAUUCCCAGUGCUCUGCUGGGCCAUUUGGAGAGGCAGCUGGAACGUGGAGCGCUGCUCUGAAACCUUUUAGCUUUAGCACGUGGGAAAAUGAGCGUGGACUCAGGGGGCGCUUGCUGGGUCGGCUCCUCUCACUCGGUACCUCUGGACUCUCCCAUACCCAUUUCUGCCCACAAACACCAUAGAAUUUUUUCUAAGUCUUGACAGGGAGGAGAACAUAAGUAGGUAUGGAAAGGAGGUGUUUAAUAGUGGUGCACAAACCUUUUACUGUCAGUGUGGGAAAGAGGAGGGCUGAGACAUAGCUGUGUAAAUACUUCAAUAAACCAUGCAACCUGGUCA